UUCUCUCCUGUGCCAAAAAAAACCUCCUCCGCUGCGCGCAAACUUGUCACACGCUCCCCAGUUCGAUCAGCAGCUCCUGGUCCCAGCACAGUCUGACAGAUGACCGGUAACCUUCAGCCAGGUCCUCGGUCCAUCCAGCCUAUGGCUCCGCGUCGCGUUUUUCACCGGCGAAACCUUUGAGUCCCCCCGCCGAAGGUGCGACCUUGAUCUGGAGGAGAAAUGAGCUCAUUUGGGGGCUACGCAGCUCCUGGUGGAGGCGACACCGGCCACCGCAUGUUCACUGUGGAGGGAUGCCCGGGUGGAGAGUCCCCGGUCACCCCCAGGAAAAGGCUUCACUCUGCGGAGGACGCGCGGUGCAGCAGCCGGCCUCCCCCCGAGGGCGCCGGGUCGGUGUCCAUCAACGAGUCGGAGGAGAAGGGAGGCUUCUGCCAGCAGUGUGAGAAGAAAGUGUCCGAGCUGAAGAGGCAAGCGCUGGCCCUGGCUGACCAGAACUCACUGAAGGACCCUGGAUAUGCAACAUUUCUGUUAGAGCAGCUUCAAACACCUGGGAGCCAUGACGCCGGUGUCAGCUGCUGCCAGGUGUGCUCCACGCCUCUGCACCAACUGAGGCAGGAGGCCUUGCAGACGCUCCGUGCUCCCGUCCUCGCCUUCAGCCCGGACAUGGCGGCCCUGCCCACCGCAUCGUUUUUACCGCAGCCUUCCAGACUCCCCAUGUCGUCCUCAAGUGUCCGUGCCAAACAGCUGUCCAAAGGCCAAACCAUCACGCACAGUGUCCUGCCCCUGGGGGAGAGGCGCAGGGUGCCGGGCUGGUCUCAGAGCCCCUCGGCCUCCUCGGGGCCCAGCGUCCAGGUGACGGUGGCAGGAGGGCAGAUCACCGGAUCCCUGAACACCGUCACCAUUCAGGCUCAGCAGUACCUCGAGGGCAUGUGGAGCAUCUCCAGGGUCAACAACUUCCUCCCUCAGCCUAAACUGGCCCCGGGUUUGACGGGGGAUCCAGUCAUGGUCGUCACAGCGUCAGAGGCCCCGGUCACCAACAUGACCACCACCACCACCAGUAGCAGCAGCAGCACCCUGACGCCCUGCCGACUGGGGAGCUCCAGCCAACCGGGACUCCCCUCAGCCGUCACCGUUACCUCCGCCUCUGCCUCCCCCUCCUCAUCUACAGCAGCCUCCUUCUUCAUUAGGGCAGCUCAGAAGCUGAAUCUGUCCUCCAAGCGCAAGAAGCACCAGCCCUCGCUGCUCCACCCACAGGAGCCCUCCAUCUACCCCACCAACUUCAGUGGCAUCCUGCAGGUCUCGCCGCCCCCCGCCCCGCCAUGCCUGCUCCGAGCCGUGUCCAAAGUAAAAGAGAACCCAGGAAUGGGAAAGGUGAAAGUGAUGAUGCGUAUCUGUCCGUCUCUGGAGGCGGCGGACUCCUCCGAGUCUCAGUCUUUUUUGAAAGUGGACAGUAGGAAGAAGCAGCUGACCCUCUAUGACCCCGCGUCCAGCCCGCCGCACUCCAGUUCAGGACAUCGGAGAUCUGCCACGGUGGCCGUCCCAAAGAUAUUCGCCUUCGAUGCUGUUUUUACCCAGGAUGCCUCACAAGCUGAGGUGUGCUCAGGGACCGUCGCCGAGGUCAUCCAGUCGGUGGUGAACGGCGCCGACGGCUGCAUCUUCUGCUUCGGCCAAGUCAAGCUCGGAAAGACAUACACCAUGAUCGGCAAAGACAGCUCCACUCAGAACCUCGGCAUCGUGCCCUGCGCCAUUUCCUGGCUCUUCAAGCUCAUCACCGAGCGCAAGGAGAAGACGGGCACGCGCUUCUCCAUCCGAGUGUCCGCCGUGGAAAUCUUUGGGAAGGACGAGGAGCUGAAGGACCUGCUGUCGGAGGUGUCAAGCGGCAGCCUGCAGGAGGGCCAGUCCCAGGGUAUCCACCUGAGAGAGGAUCCCAUCUGUGGCACUCAGCUCCAGAAUCAGAGCGAGCUCCGCGCCCCGACCGCUGAGAAGGCUGCCUUCUACCUGGAUGCAGCCAUCACCGCGCGCAGCACCAGUAAACCGAGUGCAGAUGAGGAGGACCGACGCAACUCCCACAUGCUUUUCACCCUGCACAUUUACCAGUACCGCAUGGAGAAGAGCGGCAAGGGAGGAAUGUCAGGCGGACGGAGCAGGCUGCACCUCAUUGACCUGGGGAGUUGUGAAAAGGUCCUGAGUAAGAGCAGAGAGGGAGGAGGAGGCCAGUGUCUCUCUCUGAACGCUCUGGGAAAUGUCAUCAUGGCUUUAACAAAUGGAGCAAAGCAUGUCCCCUACAGGGACAGUAAACUGACAAUGCUGUUGAGGGAGUCCCUUGGCAACAUCAACUGCAGAACGACCAUGAUCGCCCACAUCUCCGACUCCCCUGCCAACUACGCCGACUCACUCACCACCAUCCAGCUGGCAUCACGGAUCCACCGCAUGAGGAAGAAGAAAUCCAAGUAUGCAUCCAGUUCAUCUGGAGGGGAGAGCUCUUGUGAGGAAGGGAGGAUCCGCCGGCCGCCUCACCUCAGGCCCUUCCACCCUCGGACAGUAGCCCUGGACCCAGAGCUGCCCUCUCUGCUCAGUGACCCGGACUACUCCUCCAGUAGUGAACAGUCCUGUGAUACUGUCAUUUACGUUGGGCCGGGGGGAACUGCAAUCUCAGACAGAGAGCUCAGUGACAAUGAAGGCCCCCCUGCUUUUGUUCCAAUCAUCCCCUCGCUGAAUAGGAGGAGGUCUACAAAAGAUGGCCCUAUGGACAGAGACCAGUUCUUCAAAUGCAACACAUUUGCUGAGCUGCAGGAGAGGCUAGAGUGUAUAGACGGCAGUGAAGAACCCACUGCGUUUGUUGGAGAGGGCAAGCGAAGCCAGCCCAGCCCCAAGACUGACAAAUCUGAGAGCCAAGGCGCUGUUUCACCAAAGACUGUAGCAAAUAUUUCUGACAACCCAGAGGACCUCUCACCAAAACAAUCUCCAAAACAUGCCACCACACAACCAUCCAGCAGUCCCACUAGUAAAUCUAAACUUGACACUAUCAAGAGGCAAUGCAUACCGGCAGAAAGGGUACCGCCAGAGAGUGUCCAAAAUGUAUGCAGAACCAGCGCUGAUGGUGAGAAGGCCUUGGUUUCUGAAAGCCAGAUCAGUACAAACAAACUAUCAACCGCUGCAGUGCCAAACUCCGAGCCUGUGGUACGGGAGAAGGUCUUCUUCAACAAGAAAGCCCUGCCAAGGCCGGCUCCACCUCCGUCAGAGCUGAGAGAAAGUGCAGAUAAUGAAGAAAGAUCCAGCACCAGAUUGCCGCCUGUGGGAAUGAGCCACCAAGCCGUGAAAAGGAGGGAUCCUUGCACCUCUCCUUUGCUCAGAGGUCCGGUGGAGAUGUGUCAGGUGCGCUCUACCUUGAGGGAGAGGUGUCUGGAUCGGGACAUUCUCAGAGCCACUGUCACCUUGCAGCAGCCUGUAGAACUAAAUGGAGAGGAUGAGCUCGUGUUCACUGUGGUGGAGGAGCUGUCUAUAGGCAGUAUUAUAGAUCAGGGGCGGCCAACCAGCAUUAUCAGCUUCAACAGUGACUGCUCCCUUCAAGCCCUGGCCUCCGGCUCCCGACCUGUCAGCAUCAUCAGCAGCAUUAACGAUGAAUUUGAUGCCUACACGUCAGCGAUGGGAGGAUCAGAGGUGAACAUCGCAGUGGCCACACCCCUUCAGGAAGGAGCCAUGGAUAGCAGGGGUUCAUCUAUUAGCUCUUGGUUGAGUGAGGUUAGUGUUUGCACCUUGGAGAGCGAAGGGGCUCAUUCUUCGGAUGUCUUCCUUCCUCAGGCCAAACACAUGGGACCAGAGGCCACCUUUUACUUUGAUUCCCUGGAUAUGUUCCAUUGUGUAUCCUCUUCUAGAGAUGCCAAGAACUCCUUAAAUGACAGUGGAUUUAGUUUUUCUGAAUUAGACAGUGAUAGUGCUGCCUCAAGCAAACAAUCUUUGAGUAAGUGUCCCCCAUCUCCGGAAUCAGCCAAAGGCUCCCUCAGAUUCACAUCUAAAAUAACUAAAGCUCACUCGCUCAGUUCCUCCCAACUUCCACAGGCCCCCUCCAUAGUCCACUCUAGUCUACCCAGGAAGAUUAAACCUACCUCAUCCAUCUCUCAUAGUAGUAGCAGUAGCAGCAGCAGUAGAGAGCCACAGAGGUUAGAGGCUAAGCAGGAGGAUCCAUGGCAACGUAACGACAACCACUCCGAACCUCACUUUUCUGACUCCAGCAGCACCAGCAGAUUUGCCAGAAACCCCCCUAGUGGUAUACCUUCCAGCAAAACAGCCAACAACAGCAACAGUGUACCUCGCCCACCAAAGGUGCAGGGGUCUACCUCAUCCCAGAGGGUGGUUGAUGGCUGUGAGAAGUCAGCCAGCAAGAAUCCACCUAGCAAAAUGCCUCAGCUAAGACGAGGUGCCACUACCCUGGGGACAGUGCCCGUCAUCCAUUCCUUCGCAGACUACAAGGGAACCCAAGACAUCGUUGCAUCUGCCACAAGCCUUAAAUUCUCCUCUCUGGGGAAAAACAACAAGGCCAACUCACAGAAAGCGAGUAAUCUCCCGAAACCAGGUUGCAUCUCGCCUCCUCCCCCUCCAGUGAGAAAGUCCAGUCUUGAUCAUAAAACUAAGACCCUGCUGCCCCAAAGUGCCUUAAAGUCACCAUAUGGGGAGACAGGAAGGGCCUCUGGAGCAAGGUCAGCUGUAUCAGAGGAUGAGCUUGACGUACGGCCCAGAGCAGACUCCAUCAGUUUCAAAACCUCCAGCCUCAACACAGCCAAAGUUACCUCCAGUCUGAAGGCCAGAGGGCCAAGGGGAGAGGCUGGGCAGCAUUAUGGCAGUCAAAUGUCACUGGAGAGGUGUGGAAGCCUGUCUUUAUCGGGUUCAAGAACGGCACUUAGUAGGGAGAAUAGUGGGGCAAGUUUAGGGAGCAACAAAUCCAACAAGUCCAUUCCCAGAUUUGGUAUUCCUAAUUCAUCCAGCGCUCCUAUAGCUACAUGCCCCUCAUCCCCAGGUGGAGGGAAUACGACCAAAUCUGGUCAGGUAAAAGCAUCUGUAAAUCCCAGAGCAUUAGGGGCAGUCAAUAACAGCAAGGCCCGCUCGCUGUCGGCCAACCACUCAAAGGGCCUGAGCUCCUCCAACAAAUCUUUGUCCAAUCCCGUGUCCAGGACUACCAACGCCAACCUCCCUCCAUCAGGACGGACAUCAGCUCCUCGGGCCGCCGCUGCCGUUGGCAGUAAGCCUGGCAGGGGAACUAUCAUGGGCACAAAGCAGGCCAUGAGGGCUGCCAACAGCCGUGUGAGCGAACUGGCAACAGGCAACAUAUUAGGAAAGCACAUGAGAGGUUCAGGAGAUUCAGACAGUGGGAACGACAGUGGGGUGAACGUAGGUGAAGAUAAAUCUACCAUCGCCAUGCUGCCCUCCCCAUACAGCAAGAUCACAGCACCCAGGCGACCUCAGCGCUACAGCAGCGGCCACGGAAGCGACAACAGCAGCGUGCUGAGCGGGGAGCUGCCUCCAGCCAUGGGCCGCACGGCCCUGUUCUACCACAGCGGCGGCAGCAGCGGAUACGAGAGCAUGAUCCGAGACAGUGAAGCCACAGGCAGCGCUUCCUCUGCCCACGACUCCAUGAGCGAGAGUGGCAUGUCAACGUCCGGCAGAACGAGGGGCUCAAAGUAUCCCAAGAAGAGAACAAAUGGUUUCCAGAGGAGGCGGCUGAUCCCGGCACCCCUGCCAGACACCUCCACCCUGGGGAAGAAAGCUGGCACAGCGGGUCAGUGGGUGGACUUGCCUCCUAUGUCUGGACCGCUGAAGGAGCCCUUUGAGAUCAAGGUGUAUGAGAUCGAUGAUGUGGAACGGCUUCAGAGGCGGCGUCAGGAGGAAACCGCAGAGCAACCAUUCCAGGAUGUUGACAAGGGCCUGCUGUAUUUCAACAGUAAGCUGAAAAUACUGGAGAGAAGGCAACAGCAAGUGAAGGACCUGAGAGCAAAGCAUGAGGUGUUGUUGGAGGAGCUGGAAGACACAAAGGCCCGGUUGAUGAUGGACCCCUGCAAGUGGAUAGGAGAGUUUGAGGUGGACCAGAGUUUGGAUAAAGAGUCUCCUGAGUAUCUGGAGGCCCUGGCACAGGCCACUGAGGAGCUGGAUUUCUGCGUCAACCUAUGCAAGUCCCGCGUCAUGAUGGUGACCUGCUUCGACAUCAGCACGUCGUCGGCGCCGUUGUCUUGCCCGCAGGAGGGACUGCGUGAAGUUGAAGUGUGAGGACGAAAGAAAGUUGAGGUGGAGAAAAGAGGAAGUGAGAAGAAGGAUGAUGAAGAAAUGUAGCAGCCGGUUUCUAGUUACCACUGGAAUGAAGAACAACCAGAGGCAGAGACGAGAGUGGAUCAUUGCAUUGAUCAACAGAGGAAAUCUUAACCACCUAACUACAGUGCCUCGUUGUCCAGGACAUGGUUUUAAAGACAGAGGAAUGAAACGUGAGCACAAAUGUUGUUGCCCAAAUGGCAAGGCAGUGGCCAUCACUUACUCAAGAGUCACCAACACCUGGAAGUGCCUUUUUUAUCACUUUGUUUUAAGUCAUUAUUUUUCAUAUGGUGCAGGUAUCUUAAGCAUACCCGGGCAAACCCUGAACAUAUUUCUUUUAUGAUAAAAUAUUUUAUAUUGCAUUGUAUAGUGUAUUUAUAUGAUUAUGUGGUGUGUACAAAUAUCCUUUUACGGGAAAAAAAAAAAAAGAAAGAGAAAAAAAAAGAAAAAAGCAAUAAGCUAAUGUUAUUGCGCUCCCAGACUUUGCCUUUUCUCUUGUUUCAAACCUCAGUCUGCAUUUUAUCCAUCUUCAUUCAGCCUCUUGCGCCUUAUGUUAACUCUCUGGUUCUGUAGUUUUCUAGAUUCUCAAACUGGACUGUGUUAUCUCAUCAAGGACUGCAUUCGCUGUUGUCACUCGUCUCCUGCCAGCCGGCCUGUAAGAGGCUUGCAGCGCUGAGUGAAUGUUUUUUUUUUCCUCCAGUUGCCUUGAUCAAAAUGGGUCUCAGUGGACGCUCUAAGGUAGAGCAGCCGCUCUGUUGGGGGACAGGAGGCUUCUUCAAGCUGCGAGAUGACGAGACAUGAAGCCAAAACAUAUCAAUCAAAGGGCCACUGUGACGGAUAGUGAGUGAUUAUUCUCGAUUCAGCCAUUCUCUCUGGUGCCUCAGUAUGUGGUAAUGCAAACCUGAGAGACUUAACCUUCCCCACACUAGCCUAUGAGGAUAGCAUAAUGAAUGGUUCCACUGAUAGCGGUGCUCAUCAGUGAGCCUGAAACACUGUCAGACACUGUAUGAUGAAGGGGCACAGAUGAGAUAGCACAGGUCUACCGGCCUCAUACCCAGUACUUUUUUUAAGUGCUGCCAAUCCUUGGCUCUAUGCAUUCCAAUACAUUUACUGCAAUUACUGCAAGAACCUCAGUACCGACUUAAAGGGCAACAACAUAGUUCUGGCCUCUUACGUCCCCCACCCUUUUUUUUAAAGAGGUCCAUUAAUGAAGUCGAGCCAGUGUCCAAAACAAUGACUUCAGAAUUGUUGAUUUUCCUGUGAAAUGAUGCAGUGAUUAAGAGCCAAUGAUCAUAACAUUGUUUAGCAAAAUCAAUCAUGACAUCAGCUCUUUAAAGCUGCCAGAAUGUGUUUGUUGUAAAUCAAAAUGGCUGACACGGAGAGGACAAAGAUGAUCGGUGAAAAUUAAUGUCAAGAAAAACAAACUGGCUUUGUUGUACUUCGGUGUGUUUGAUUUCUAUAUCUAUGACAUAAAUGACUUUGUGUUCUUUCUUUUACAAAGAUGUACUCUCUCAGGCCCUCUCUGAAGAUGCUGCAUGAGAUUUUUUAAUCAUUUCUAAGAAUGAUUUCUACUCCAUUUUUACCAUUCUAAUUUUUUACAAUAACUUCAGUUUUCAAUGAUGUGUGGGGGUUAAGGCUCAUGAAUUAAAGAACUAUUACCAAACCAAGACCUUUUUUCCAAUAAAUUAUUAUAUGUAAGGUCAUAUUUCAUAUCAAAACCCAUAUUUUCGAAUCCCUUUGUUUUUGUAUAGGACUUUCAGACCCAAAUGUAUAAAUGUAUGAUACGGCAGCUUGUGUUUUACUUUUACAGUACCUGUGAAUAAAAUGGUUCUACAUA